CAAUACCGUUUUUAAAAUCACUCAUUGAGCCGUAAUUGAUUCAACUUCCUCAAUUGGAACCUUCGCCAUUCUAUAAACAAAGGAGAAGCAGACCAUUCUCUUCCGCUUCAGCCGAAGAGAAAGAACAGCAAAGAUGAAGAUCCAGAAAACAGCGAGUUUUCUGCCGUUUCUUAUCAUCACAGCCUUCUAUUUUCUUCAAUGCCCGGCUUUUGCUGCUCAAAAGUCCUAUAUUGUUUACCUUGGAGCCCAAUCCAACUCUGCUGAAGAAAUAACUGCUCAUGUUGAUCAAACGGUCAGAGAAUCCCACUAUGAACUCUUAGAAUCAUACCUCCAAAGCAAGGAGAGGGCCAAGGAAGCAAUUUUCUAUUCCUACACAAGGUACAUGAAUGGCUUCGCUGCAAUCCUCGAGGAGGAAGACGCUGUGCAGAUCUCAAAGAAUCCAAGCGUUGUUUCUGUCUUUGAGAACAGAGGACGCAAGCUUCACACAACCCGUUCAUGGCAGUUCCUUGGCCUGGAGAGAAAUGGCAGAGUCCCUAAGAAAUCACUGUGGACAAAAGCUAGAUUUGGAGAGGAUGUAAUUAUCGCUAAUCUUGAUACUGGUGUCUGGCCAGAGGCUGAGAGCUUCAGGGAUGAUGAUAUGGGACCCAUUCCUUCUAAAUGGAGGGGAAUAUGCCAGAAUGACAGUAACCAGAAGUUCUCCUGCAACAGGAAGCUCAUUGGCGCUCGAUACUUCAACAAGGGCUACGCAGCCGUCGUCGGCCCACUAAACUCAACCUUCAACAGCCCCCGCGACACCGACGGCCACGGCACCCACACUCUCUCCACCGCCGGCGGCAACUUUGUGCCCGGCGCCAACGUUCAAGGCUAUGGCAACGGCACGGCCAAGGGCGGCUCUCCUCGAGCCCGCGUCGUCGCCUACAAGGUUUGUUGGCCUCCCGUCAACGGAAGCGAGUGCUUCGACGCCGACAUUCUCGCCGGCUUCGAAGCCGCUAUUAAAGACGGCGUCGAUGUCCUCUCCGUCUCCCUCGGUGGCGCUGACACGGACUAUUUCGAUGAUGUGAUGGCCGUCGGGGCUUUCCAUGCCGUCAAUAAUGGGAUUGCGGUUGUUACGUCGGCGGGGAACUCGGGGCCUGAGGCGGGUACGGUGUCGAACGUGUCGCCAUGGAUGAUGACCGUUGGAGCUAGUACCAUGGAUAGGGAGUUCCCUUCUUAUGUCGUCUUCGACCAUAAUCGUCGAGUUGAGGGGCAGAGCCUUUCAAGCGAGAGCCUGCCGACGAACAAACUGUACCGAUUUAUUCGUUCUCUUGACGCUGCAACACCCAAUGCUUCCAUCGAUGAUGCAGAUUUGUGCCAGAUUGGAAGUUUGGACAAGAAGAAGGUGAAGGGGAAAAUUGUGGUGUGUACUAGAGGAGUAUUUGGGAGGGUGGAGAAGGGCGAGGCGGUCAAGUUAGCUGGCGGCGCUGGUAUGGUUUUAGCCAAUGAUAUAUUAACCGGAGAUGAGACCAUCGCCGACGCUCACGUCCUUCCGGCCACCCAUAUCACCUACUCCGACGGCCUCAAGCUUCUUUCCUACAUCAAGUCUACCAAGUCACCAAAGGGUUCCAUUACACGUCCCAUCACUGAGCUUGGCACAAAGCCAGCACCAGUUAUGGCUGCAUUUUCAUCUCAAGGCCCCAACACCAUCACUCCUGAAAUCCUGAAGCCUGAUAUAACAGCUCCAGGAGUGAGUGUUAUAGCCGCUUAUAGUUUAGCAACCUCACCUUCUGGUCUUGAUUUCGACAAACGUCGAUUCCCCUUUAACUCAGACUCUGGUACAUCCAUGUCUUGCCCUCACAUUUCUGGCAUUGUCGGCCUUCUCAAAGCUGCUCAUCCUAACUGGAGCCCUUCUGCUAUCAAAUCAUCAAUCAUGACCACCGCAAGAGUACGAGAUAACAUGGUCGAACCAAUCAAGAAUGCAUCUUUUGGCAAAGCCAACCCUUUUGGCUAUGGGUCAGGACAUGUUCGACCCAACCGAGCCAUGGACCCGGGUCUUGUAUAUGACCUUACAGCCAAUGACUACUUGAACUUCCUUUGUGCUCUCGGCUACAACUCUACUCAAAUAUCCACCUUCAAGACAUACAAAUGCCCAUCAAAAGCUCCAGCUUUGGUUGAUCUCAACUAUCCUUCAAUCACAAUUCCCAACCUCGAAGAUUCAAUUACCAUCACUCGAAAGUUGAAAAAUGUUGGCACACCAGGAACAUAUGUGGUACGCAUACGAAGCCCAGUUGGGAUAACGGUAAAGGUAAAGCCAACAAGUCUCACAUUUAAAGAGGUUGGCGAGGAGAAAACUUUUAAACUUACCUUGACACCAAUAGAUGAUUAUAUUGCAAAAGAUUAUGUUUUUGGCUUCCUUCAAUGGUCUGAUGGUAACAAACAUUAUGUUAGAAGUCCCAUAACUGUAAAGUCUAAGGGGUUUUAAUCACCCUUCAACUAUAAUUUGUGGGGUUUUCUUUUUAUUUUCUUUUCUGAUAGUAGAAGUGGAAAGAAGCAGCAUGUGAUUAUUUUAUGAAUCAUAGAAGAAAGGGAAGGUUCAUCAUGCUGAAAUUGGUUUAUGGGAUCAAUAAUAGAAAUAAAUUGUUUUUUGUCAUUUGCUUUUC